UUUCUGCUUGACUUUCUCGCGAGAGCUGAAUGGUUAGGUGAAGUGAACCGGUAAGCCAGCUUGUGCCGCGGUUGUGUCAAACCAGUGCUUGCUGGAAGGCCGAACGCCUCUCGUUGAUCGAAGACAUCGGUGCUUCGCUUCGCGUUACUCUUCGAGCUAGAGGCUCGCGUGCCUGCUUCUCUAGGCCGUAAUGGGUCGGAAAUUCCUAUGCCUCCUGCUGAUCGCGAUUCUCGUCGCGGCGAGUUUCCACGUGUCCGAAUGCAAGAAGAAGAAGAAGAAGCGUACCGUGGCGAUGGACGCAGCACUUGGCGAAAGCGAAACCGCCACAGCGGUAACCCGAUCUGUGGCGAAAAAGGCAGCUGACGAAGGAGCAGCAUCGGAGAAUGACGAACCAGCUGCAGACGCGGCUGCUGCGGACGAAGAGGUAGACGCUUCUGCGGAAACAAUAUCUCCGAAGAAAAGAACUGUCAGUGGGGGGGCUACUAAGGCUGUAGCUGCUGACGCGGCAGCUGCUGACGCGGCAGCGGCGGACGAAGACGCGGAAGUCGCGGAAGCCGCUUCUGCAGCUGAUGCUGACGUGGCGACGAAGGGCGAGGACGGCGAGGGAAAAGCGGCUGACAGUGACCCCGCCGCCGCAGAUGCCGCCGAGUCCGACGCCGACGCUGACGCCGUGGAUGCCGCGGCGGAUUCCGCCGCGAAGGACGGCGCAGCGGCGAAGGCGGCGACGGCGAACACGGCCGCAGAUGCUGCUGCUGAAGCGAGCGCAGAUCCUGGCUCUGAUGCGGCUGCGGAUGCGGCUGCCAAGGAGAAGCCGAGCUCGGCUGCUGGGUCCGUGUCAGACGCGGGCCCGCUCGCGUGGCGAUCUGCGAACAUGUCGCGAGAGGACGUGGACCCGAAAGGCCCGUGCCGGCGCGACAUCAAGCUGCACUGCCAGGGCGUGGAGCCGGGGAACGCCGUGCUCUCGCUCUGCCUCACCUUCCACAUCAAGAACGAGAACUCGGGCAACGAGCUCGGCGGGCCCAAGAUCUCCAAGAAGUGCAAGAAGGACAUCCGAGCCUUCAGGGCGGAGAUGUACAAGGACCUCGCCAUGGACAAGGCUCUGGCCACGGCAUGCAAGGCGGAUAUCACCAAGUUCUGUGACGAUGACUUCCUCUACCCCGAGCCUGGCAACAUCGUUGCAUGCCUCAGGGAGGUGAACCAGGUGGAGAAGAUGGCAGAUGCGUGCCGCACGGAGAUCCUGCGCGCGCAGCUGGACGCGGCGGAGGACUUCAAGAUGGACCCGCAGCUCAACGACCUCUGCAGCGCCGAGGCCGACCGGCUCUGCCAGGGGGUGGAGCCUGGGGAAGGGCGUAUCCAGGAGUGCCUGAGGGAGCACCGCGGCAAGCUCGCGUGGGAGUGCCAGGCGGAGCUGUUCCGGCAGGAGGUGGAGAAUGCGGACGACAUCCGCCUCAACGUGCGCCUCUUCCAGGCGUGCCUCAACGACCAGCGCCGCUUCUGCGCCGACGUCAAGUACGGGGAUGCGCGCGUGAAGGACUGCCUGGAGGACCACCACCUCGAUGCCGAGUUCUCCCCCUCCUGCAAGACGGAGUUUGAGAAGAUGAUGGCGCGGCGGGCCACUGACUUCCGCCUCGACUCCACCCUGCGCAAAUACUGCAAGGCGGACAUUGCAGAGAUCUGCUACCCUGAUGCGGAGGACAUUUCAGACGUGGCGAACUUCGAUGCCAAGGUGAUCGAGUGUCUGCAGGACUACAGGGACGAGCUCAAGGACCCCAAGUGCAAGGCCUCCGUGCACCGCCUCACGCAGAGGGCUGCGGAGGACAUUCGCUUCGACCGACCCCUGGCUGACGCCUGCCAUGAGGACCGCACCACCAUCUGCAGGGACGUGCCAGACGGCAUGGCGCAGGUGUUCCUGUGCCUGCAGGACAACAUGGGCAAGCUCAAGGAGUCGUGCCGCACGGCUCUUUUUGAACAGCUCGUGCGCAUGGCUGAGGACAUCGAUUUCAAGUUCCCUAUGAAGCGAGCUUGCUCUUCCGAACUCCAGAAGUUUUGCAAAGACAUCCCGCAUGGCCAUGCGGCGCGCGUCAAGUGCUUGCAGGAGAACAUUGACAGCUCGGACAUGGGCGAGGAGUGCAGGAAGGAGGUCAAGCGAGACAUGGCUCGAUCCGCUGGAGAUUAUCGUUUGAACUACCGUCUGCACCGCGCUUGCCUGCCCGAGAUCCAGAAGCACUGCAGCCACGCGUGCGAUGCAGCCAGUGUGAACGGCUCCGUCACCUGCGCCGGCACCGUGGUCAAGUGCCUGCAGGAGCAGCAGGAUCAGAUCGAAUCCGAAUCCUGCAAGCAGGAGAUCACCGCCUUCAGCAUCCUAGAGGCGAAGGACCCGCUGUCCCUCGACGUGCCGCUGCAAGCAGCGUGCAAGGGGGACCUGGGGGCGCUGUGCCCGGACGUGGGGAGGGACCAUGGGAGGAGCCUGACGUGCCUGAGGAGCAAGAGGGACAAGCUGAGCGCGGCGUGCAAGAAGGAGGAGAUGCGGUUCAGCGUGAUGGAGGCUUCGGACAUCCGCAUCACCCCCAGCCUCAUGAAUGGCUGCGGGCAAGAGCUCCAGAGCUUCUGCCGUGAUGUGCCCCCAACCGAGGGCCAUGCGUUCAAGUGCCUGCAGGAGCACCUGGGCGAUGUGGGCAUGGGGGCGGCGUGCAAGGGCGAGGUGAAUCUGCAGGAGGCGCGGCAGGCGGGGAACUACCGGCUGGACGUGCGGAUGAGGAAGGAGUGCGAGGGGGACGUGAAGCAGCACUGCGACGGAGCGGAUGAGGGCAAGGAGGGGCAUGCGGUGGUGCUCAAAUGCAUGGUCGACAACUUCAAGAGCCUUGCGCCCACGUGCCAGAGCGAGGUGGCCUAUGUGGUGCGCAUGGCUCUCUUCCAAUACCACCACGGCGCCGAGCUCACAGCCCCGUGCGACGCAGCAGUGGACGAGGUCUGCACCAGCACGGGCAGCGCCAAGCCCAAGGAGAUCAACGGCGCGGUGAUCGGGGUGUAUGGGCAGUGCCUGCUGUCCGCCAAGCCCGAUAAGCUAUCGGAGGACUGCCGCGGGCUCGUGAAGGUGGCAGCUAAGGAAGGUGCCCACCUGGCAGGCGGGCUGGACCAGGCGAAGCUGGACGAGGCCCUGGCGAAGCUCAAGGAGCUUCCUGCGGGAGCAGCAGCGGACGGGUCGGCUCGCAAGUCCACGCUGGUGAUUUCGGGCUGGCUGGCAUUCGCAGCUCUGUUGGCGGUUGUCGUGGUCGCUGUUGCAGCGGGCUUUGGCAUUUACCACAAGUACUUCAGCCCGACUCGCAACUACACCUUGGUCGUCAAAUCAGCUCCCCCGGGCACAGUUUAGCUCGUUUCGCUUUUGUCAAAGAUGUGCUGUGCAAGUGAUGUUCGUGGGGCUUGUAACUGUGUUCGUUCCCCUAAUGUAAAUUAUUGUAGGGCGCAUUGUGGUUCUAGGCUAUUCUGAUGAAGUUACGUUUAGGCUGACAAAUGUGGGGGUAUGUUCUAUACGCGGAUACUGAAGAUGGAUGUUGAAGUAACUAUUUGCCUUCAACUAAGGAUGGCUGUUCUGUACGUUCUUAGCGAGUA